CUGCUGGUUGGAGCAGAGCAUCCUGCCGGGGCUGCAGUAGGUGAGUACCUCUUCGGCAGCAGGGACGGGAGGUCGAAGCAGCCGGUUGUGUUCUUUAAGUCUUCAUAGAAAUGAGAAAAAAAAUGGGUUUUAUGUAUACUCAGAGUUUCUUUUGGUGCCAGGUGUAAUCCGUUCAGAGAAUUCCCCCAAAAUAUGGUGUUUGGAUUUGGCAGUAUUUAUUAGAACUUUUCGGUACUUUUAUACUUACUAAAAUACUUUUAAUAUAGUGUUUGAAUGAAUUGAUAAAAUUUCAUUCCAGCUGCUUUUAUGAGAUGAUUGGGGAAGAGGAUUGAAAGAAACUAAUGUUACCUGCCUGUUUCAACACUUCGGUAUUUUUAAGCUGACUCUUAAAUUCUUAAUAUUUUUUGACAAAAUGAUUUGAUUACCUUAGAGCAUCUCUGCACAACAGUAGCUUGAUGUGCAAUAUUUCUUACUGCAAAGUCUAUCCUAUAGUGGUGUGGAAGUUCAAAAUGUAUUUACAGCUGAUGAAUAUUUCAUGUGUGUCUUUUAACUUUAUCCUUUAAGAUUGGUCUCAGGUACUGCAACUACAUGAUACUAAAGAGAUAUUGAUUAUUCUUGGACAUGGUGGUUCAGUGGGUUAUUUUUCUUAUGCUGCUGUUAAAUUUGAGGUUAUGAUUUCUCAUCAAAAGGUACAAUCAACAUUGUUUCUCAUUUUUACUUGUCCCAGACUUAUUUCUGCCAAAUUUGUGCCUAGCAGAUAUAAUGAUGUAUCUUCGUUUUUAUUCUUAAGUGUGUUAUACAUUUUGACUAUUUAGAUAGGAGAUCUAGGUAAGAAUAAGUAAAUAAAUCUAUAUACACACAUGCAGUAAAGCUCAUUACAUUAUAGACAUACCAUACCAUUGAAAACCUAAGCUACCACCUCUGGCACGGAAAACUUUUUUGAAAAAAGAGUUAGCAUACAUUAGUGUAGAAAUCAGGUUCUCACUGUUUAAGUCCCUGUGCUCUGUACAAAUGAAUGCAUUAAUUUUGGGGAGCAGGCUACAUAGCCUCUGAGGAGAAAACAUGUUUCAAAGAAUUUAUUCUACUUCUUAAUUUUAAUAAGCAGUACCUGAUACUUAAAAAGCAUUGUAUUUUGGUUUUCAUAGUGAAACGCUUUAUUUUUUUUAAAUAGGGUUAAAGGGCAUGUGAGGAUGCAAAUAAAAGGAGUGGAAAUCUGUAUGAAUAUGAGGACACUUUAAUUUGCUUUAUGUUUGCAAGUAGAGGAAACUACCUUAUCAGCAGGAAAAGAAUAAAAGGCAAAGGAAUGAAGAGGCCUGCAAAGUUUUUGAUAUAUGUGUCACAAAGAUGUCUACACGGAACUGCCAGGGAAUGGAUUCAGUGAUCAAACCUCUGGAUACAAUUCCUGAGGAUAAAAAAGUACGGGUUCAGAGGACACAGAGUAGUUUUGAUCCAUUUGAGAAACCAACUAAUCAAGUGAAGAGAGUUCAUUCGGAGAACAACGCUUGCAUUAACUUCAAAACUUCAUCUGCAGGGAAGGAAUCUCCUAAAGUCAGGCGGCACUCCAGCCCCAGCUCUCCUACAAGCCCCAAGUUUGGAAAAGCAGACUCAUAUGAAAAACUGGAAAAACUAGGGGAAGGGUCCUAUGCUACAGUAUACAAAGGGAAAAGCAAGGUAAAUGGGAAGCUGGUGGCAUUGAAGGUGAUUAGAUUACAAGAAGAAGAAGGAACCCCAUUUACCGCUAUCAGGGAAGCUUCUCUUCUGAAAGGAUUGAAACACGCUAACAUUGUGCUGCUUCAUGACAUCAUUCACACCAAGGAGACCUUGACACUUGUGUUUGAAUAUGUGCACACUGAUUUAUGUCAGUACAUGGACAAACACCCUGGAGGGCUUCAUCCAGAAAAUGUGAAGUUAUUUUUAUUUCAGUUGCUGCGAGGACUGUCUUACAUCCACCAGCGUUACAUUUUGCACAGGGACCUGAAACCACAGAAUCUUCUGAUCAGUGACACGGGGGAGUUAAAGCUGGCAGACUUUGGUCUUGCAAGAGCUAAAUCAGUUCCCAGCCAUACAUAUUCCAAUGAAGUCGUAACCCUAUGGUACAGGCCUCCAGAUGUCCUUCUGGGAUCAACAGAAUAUUCCACAUGCCUUGACAUGUGGGGAGUGGGUUGUAUCUUUGUAGAAAUGAUUCAAGGAGUCGCUGCUUUUCCAGGAAUGAAAGACAUUCAAGAUCAACUUGAAAGGAUAUUUCUGGUACUUGGAACACCAAAUGAAGAUACGUGGCCUGGAGUCCACUCUUUACCCCAUUUCAAACCAGAACGGUUUACACAGUACAGCCCUAAAAACCUUAGACAAGCAUGGAAUAAGCUGAGCUAUGUGAAUCACGCAGAAGAUCUAGCCUCCAAACUACUCCAGUGUUUCCCAAAGAACAGAUUGUCAGCACAGGCGGCCCUGAGCCAUGAGUAUUUCAGUGAUCUGCCCCCACGGCUAUGGGAGUUAACUGAUAUGUCUUCUAUUUUUACGGUACCGAAUGUAAGAUUACAGCCAGAGACUGGAGAAAGCAUGAGAGUCUUUGGAAAAAACAAUAGUUAUGGCAAAGGUGUAUCAAACAGCAAACACUGAAGAAUACCUAUGUUCACAACUGAAAAUGCAGGAUUAAAUUUACCAGUUUGGAGGAGGGAAACAAAAACCUAAUGAGGAGGCUGACACCAGGAAGAAACCAUGGCCUGUUUCCUUUCUUUCUUUAUGGUGGAUUUCAUGCAGAAGAAAAUUGAAGCUGGCAAGACCCUGUUUUUUCCCUGCAAUUUAUUUAAAACCUUGCACGCGUUUGGAUACCUUGUGAUUUCAGAGAACUAUGUGAAGAUUAAGCUUUUGCUUACUGAUACAUGGCAUGUACUCUUUCAGUCUUUUGUGUUUGAUUUUCCACUGCAGCGCUGCAUCUUUGUAAGGAUUUUUAUGCUUUCACCAGCAAUGUCUUAAAUACAUUAAGACAACACAUUUGGUGUUCACACUUCUUCAGUAAUGACUGUAGAAAAAAAAGCCAAUGGUGGCAUAAAGGACUGUGUGUUUUCUUUCAGAGUUGUGCAUAUUUUGCAACCAAUGGGAAGACUAUUUCUGCCAGAGCAAGCCCAACUUGUCUGAUCGGCUGACAAUUACAGCACCUUGCCACUAUUCCUGAAGUGUUGUUGGGUUAUUUCUUUUUUCAUUAUCUCCUCAGACCAUUCAUAUCCAUUUUAAAAACAUGGCAAUAAUUGCAUGUUUACUUCAGUACUCUGAAUUUGGUUACUCUGCUUAGGCUAUGUAGCAUGCCAGUUUUCAAAAUAGGCCUGUGAGAAAGACAAAGCAAAAAUGAUGAGAUGUAUGCAGCUGACAGAUAUACAAUGAUUUCUUUAUAUUUUUAUUCCCUUCAAGAAUAUUUCUUUCUUUUAUGGGUCUUGGCUAACAUCCCUAUGUUUUUCCUCACACUAUUUACCUUUCAGAAUGUUUUCUUGAAAACAGAGAUGAUUAAACUGUUCUGUUUAAUUCAAGGCAGACACUAAGGUACAGAAAAACUUUUGUUGAAUGAGCCACUGAAUCUAGCUGUGUUCCUUUGCCACAUGCAAAGCAAAGUGGAGAAUUUUCCUUAUCCCAGACUGUUUGCUGUUCCACACCAAAGCACCUUUCUAGUUAUUUUCCAUGGGUAUUCUGAGCUGAUUGGAAGGUACUACCAGAUACUUUGUCUUUAGAUAGCUUUUCUGAAUGAAUCAUUCAAAUGCAAACUUUGCAAGAAACUAAGUUGUGUGAUUGUAGAAAAGGAAGCCCCUGCUACAUUUUGGUUGGGGAGAACAUUGUGUUCAGGGGUGCGAUAAAACUGCCCUGACCAUAUACAAUACUUUGCAUUCAGAGAGGGCAGGGUAUGGUGCAAAAACCACUGUUGAAUUACAGUCCUGGUUGGACAGAAACGCUUGCUAGGCAAUAUUAUUCUACACAUAAAUUUGACAUCCUUUGCUUGCUGGAUGCAUUGGAUUACAUUUUUAAGAAGUGUGGUAACACUUUGGUUAGCUUUCAGUGUUUAAAAGGAGGGGAAAAGGAUUUGUGCUACUGCCAUCUUAUUAAACUCCAGCAGUGUUUAAUAAGAAAAAAACACCCAAUGAGGCAAAUCCUUGAAUGUGCAAGUAGCUACGAAAGGCCUCUUGGUGAACUAGGAUACGAGUCUACACUUUCAAAGAGCUGAACCGUGGAAAUAUUCUCAAUAUUUGCACAGCCAUUAAAAGACAAUUUUCCCCAAUGACAUCUCUGUUUCAGGAUCUGGUAAAAGCCAUCUGAAAGCCACUUUCAGUCACAAACCUAUUUAGAACUUACUACAGUUUUUCCCCUGUGUUUAUGAGGGGGAAAAAGUGACCACUGAACUUUUGAAUUUAUCACACACUGAAACUGCCUUAGACGUGGUUUGUUUGGGUUUCAUGUUUCUUUUUUUUGUAAGAGAAAAGUCUUUUAUACAUUAUCUUUGCUACUUAAAUCGUGUGCAGUUUGAUGAUUAAAAUUAGCUAUUUUUAGAAAAAAAACUUGCUGCAAAAAUCUGAAGAUUUUUGAAAAUGUAACAAAGAUUUCAAUUAGGAAUAUAAAGGUAGUUUCAUAGACGCUUCUACUUGGCAGCUUAAAUUGGGAGACAAGCAAUUAUGCUGCUCAACUAAACAUCUGAAGGUUUAAUAUAGAGAGCAGUUCCCCAACUGUUCCCACAAGCCUAGCACAUUACUAUCCAUAGUGACUCAUGUAUAGUGUUUGCUUAAGGUAUGUAUGUGUGUAUGUGUGUGUACGCACACGUGUGUGUGAGAUUAUCGUCUCUGCCCCAUUCCCAUUUUUAAGCAACCACUGAAAUAAAGUUGGUCCAAAAAUCUUCAAACUCAAUUGCCCGAAGGAAAGUGCACAAAUAUCUAGGUUCCUAAAUAGUAACUUGAUAUUCAGCAGUAGUGAGGUUAUCUCAGCUACCAAUCAAUUAAGGAGUGACCAGGAUCUCUUACUUCUGCACCUAAUUCCCAGGUGCUGCGAUUGCCUGCGGUGACUUGGGUUUGCUGCUCUCCCGCGGAGGCUCUGGGCCCUGGGGAUGUUCUCCCGGCACUGAGGGGGCCUGGGCUCAGCAAGCUGGUGCCAUUUGCAUGACCACUGGAAAUUAUUCUUCUGGAACAUCAAAUCUGCUGGGAAACGUCAAGUUUUUUUGAGAAAGUAGAAGCUCCUUUGUCCAGGGAACUGAUGGUACGGCCUUAUUUCCCUCUUCCACGUUCCAGCAGAGCCCUUACCUGCAUGGUUAGCCUGAUUGACACCCAUCAGUUAGGACCCCCUGACAGCUAGCCCACCUCUCCAGCAUCUUGCAGAAGUGGGGUUUUCACCACAGCUCUUCUCAGUGUUGCAGAAUGGACUGUUUAAACCCCAUCAAUGCUCUUGAGACAGCUUCAGCAAAGAUCAGUAGCAUUACCCUCUUUUUCUCUCAUCCUUCCCAAAUCAGUUCCCCACAGAAUCUUCAAAGGGACAAAAAGAAGUAGCCUGGCCUCCUGGACGUGCUGCAGGUGCCGGGAACAUGGCGUUUCAUGCUGUCAACAGUCAAAAGUUGGCUUAAGUGACCAGCAGUCUCUGGGACACAGUCCUUGAGAAACUGUGGGACUCGCUCGGAGUCGAUAGCCGGCAGCAGUGUAACUUUCAUUUUCCUACCGCUUGGCUGAGCUCCAGUAGAUCCUUCCUGAUGAUACUGAGAGGAUGUGGCUUUGCUGCGAGAGGGGAGAGCAGCCACAGGGCAGCAGGUGUAGUAAGCAGAUAAAAGUGGGAGGGCAUGUUCUAACUCUGUAUGAGAUCUAAUAUUAAGCAAACGGGGAAAGGGAAGAUGGUGAUAGAGUUGGUCUGCACGAUACAGAGAUUCCUUACAAGUUCAAAUUCACAGAACCUGACGUUACAAGUCAACCAGCUGGAGAUGGCUUAGUCCUCCCUCCUGCUGGGUUCAGAUCAGCUCUAAUCCACACCCAGCAGGCACCACACCAGUCAGGACACUCCAAUAGUGCCAACAUUACAUUACUGUAUGGUGUCCCGGAUCGGUUGGAUCCUUUUAAUUCUCACUAUUGUUUUUAAGCAGAACCAUGGUUUAGGAUAAGGCGUCGGUACAGGCAACACUGAAAAUUCAGUCUGCAGUAGACAGAGGCACAGGGGUUUUUGCCUUCUCUUUGGUGCGCAGGGGUUCUGCACUUCAGACUCCUGGGGAAAGAAGGUAAGAUAAUACAUUCCCUGUGGGCGACAUACACCCCUGUGGGCCCUGUGUCAGUGCACGCAACCAAAUGUGUAGUCAAUGCUCUGAUAUGCUCAUCUACAAAAUAUUCAUCUGUGAAUAUUAUUGGGUUUGUAAUCUUUGUUAUAUAAAACGUUUAGGCUGUACAGACUGGGGAGCAAAAUGCAGACACCCCGUAUAAACAGAAUUAUGUUGCAUUACUGAGCAUAACAAUACUCUCCCCUACCAGCAUUUAGGUGGAGUGACUGUAUGUUACUGCCUUGCAUUUUUCACAUAAGCAAAAAAUCUAAAAGUAAAGGAUGCACUAAUAAUUCCCAUCCCCCAAAAUGCAUUUCAAUGGUGCUGCAUACAAAAUCCCUGCUUGCCAGCUUCCACGUGGAUUUUUGUAUGGUGCACUAAGAGGUGUUCUUUUUUUAACGAAAUAAAAAGGGGAGGGCUGGUACAUGAAAACAAUGUUAAUGUAAUUAAAUAUAUAUAUAUAUAUACUUCAGAAGAACAGCAUAGUAAGCAGUACGGUAAAAUAAAUGUCGCAUUAUUUGUUACACCUUGUAAUUUGUCUGUAUUAUGCAAGAUGUAAUGGUUUGUCAGCUGUAACUGUUGUUUUCUUGUAACAUCAUAUUGAAUAAAGUGUAGCAGAA